GAAGAUUGUCUGCUCUUGUAUUUUUAUAACUUAAUCUGGCUCAAUAGUUGCCUCGCCUGUUUGUUCAAGAUCCGUGUCCAAAGAUAAAUUGCCGGGCACGUGCUUGAUUUCAGUGAUGCAAAGGCUGCUGCGCUAGUGCACCAUAUCUGAAGUUAACUGAAGUGAACAAAUCGGGCAUCUUGUUGGUAGAAUGUCGGAAGAAGAGAACAAUUCCACCGUGUCGCCUACCGAAGGCGAGCCUCUAGUCGAGCAAAGUGAUGCGGACGGCACCGUACAAGAAGGUCAGGCUGGACAACCGCAGCAACAACCAUCGCGUGCCGAAUCAUUUUUUGCCAUCACCAAAUCGCUUAUCCUCCGUGCAUUGAUUAUUUAUUUCAUCUCAUCGUUCUUCCGACGUCCCGCUCCCGAAGCAAAUGUAAAUCAAUCAGCUGCCAAGUCGAAAAUCAACGCUUGGAAUUUGUUUGAAAACGGUACCGUUUUCGAUUUGCACGUCUACAUCUCGGAAGAUCUGUACCAUGUAGAUUUUAACGACGCAAACAGUUUAAUAUGGCUACAAGAAGGAUUAGUUUACGGCGAUUGGUACGGUGGUCGCGAUGGAGAUGGAAUUUUCACCCUCAAUACCCAAAUCCAGGCUUCCGAGCGGUUGAUGAAUAACGGAUCCCUCUAUCUACAUACGUACGUCACAAAAACCGGUCUCAGUCCCAAUCCGGCUGCGGGUGAGGAUUUUGCCGGAAGAAACAUGGGUCACGCGCAGGGCAUGAUCAGUAAAUUCAAGAGGAUAAAACGGACCAAAACCCAUAACUUGCUCGCGGGGGAUAAGGAGAAGUUCGAGAAAGAAUUGGAAGAUGCGCUGGUGGAUGACAAAAUUCUAGCCCACUGGCAUCCAAACCUUACCAUUAAUCUUGUUACGGAUCAAACGAACUGGGUCAAAGGAACAGUUCCGCCGCCACUGGAUGAAUACAUCAAAUUUCUUCCCGGUGGGCAGACUUACCUUCCUAUCGUUUUCUAUAACGACUACUGGAACAUGAUGCGAGAUUAUCAGCCCAUUAAUCAUACCACUCCAGUGUUGGAUCUAAACCUAUCCUAUCAGCCGCUAUCUCUCUUCAAAUGGCAGCUAUACGCAGCACAGACAAUGCGCAACAAAUGGGCGAACAACAUGUUCACGGAGGCACUGUCCGGGGGAUCUGAAACGGAUGAAGACCAGGAUUCAUUGAAGGAAGCCCUGCUCGAUACGAACCCAUAUUUGCUGGGUAUAACAAUCGUAGUGACGAUCCUACAUAGCGUAUUCGAAUUGCUGGCAUUUAAGAAUGAUAUACAGUUUUGGAAUAAUCGCAAAUCCCUGGAGGGACUCUCUGUGCGUUCCGUAUUCUUCGGUGUCUUCCAAUCGCUGAUCGUGUUGCUGUACGUUUUGGACAAUGAGACAAACUUCAUGAUAAAGGUCAGCUGCUUCAUCGGACUGGGUAUCGAGGUGUGGAAGAUACAGAAAGUAGUAAACAUCAACGUGAGCAAGGAAAAUCUCGUGUUUGGCUUUUUGCCUCGCGUCAGCUUCACAGACAAGGGCUCGUACGUCGAGUCCAGUACUAAGCAGUACGACAAUCUUGCAUUUAAGUACCUAGGCUGGGUUUGUUUCCCCCUUCUGGUGGCCUACAGCAUUUACAGCGUGCUUUAUCAGGAACACAAGGGAUGGUACUCGUUUGUGCUUAACAUGCUGUACGGAUAUUUGCUCACGUUCGGCUUCAUCAUGAUGACCCCGCAACUGUUUAUCAACUACAAGCUAAAGUCGGUGGCACACUUGCCAUGGCGUAUGCUGACCUACAAGUUCCUGAACACUUUCAUCGAUGAUAUCUUUGCAUUUGUCAUCAAAAUGCCUAUGAUGUAUCGGAUUGGAUGCUUCCGGGACGAUAUCGUCUUCUUCAUCUUCCUGUACCAGCGCUGGAUGUACAAAGUUGAUUCGAAGCGUGUUAACGAAUUCGGUUUCUCGGCAGAGAUGUUGGAGAAGAAGAAUGAUGCAGCCCCAUUAGCAUCUUUGCCGGAAGCGGCGGCCGUCAGCAGUGGAGACGAACAAACCGAACCGGGAAGCCAACCUUCCUCACCGAAUGGGAAGAAAAAGAAAAACAAAAAAUCAUCGCCCAAACGGAAAGGGGCUGCCAGCAAAUCCAAUGCGGAGAAGAAAGAUGACUAGGAGCAUUCGAACUAACAGUACCAGUUGCUAAAUAAGUAGUGCGCUUUUUGCUCCUUUCUCUGUUCGAACAAGUUUUUAGACAAUUGUUGACUUGUAAUUGUGUUUCUAGGUGCGUGCGUUGCGCUAGCAAAUUAGAUUAUUUUCUGUCACAUCAAUCUUAAUUUUAUUGGCCGUAGUCAGAUGGUGACAAUGCUCAUAUCGAUAUGGACAUUAUUUAAGCAGCAUAUCCCACUAAUCGUAGUACAGGUAUCGGACCCAAAUCCAACCAAUAAUCUAAGCUUCACAGGGCUCAUUAAUUUCUCUGAGACUCCCUCGAAAAGGAGUGCAAAGGCGAAAAAAUGUGUAUUGCGCAAGGAGUACGUGUUGAUGUGAUGUGGUAUGAUAACACGCAGUGUGAAACUCAAAAACGAUGAUAAAAGACAAGCUAAGCAUGAGUGUUAAUCGUGAUGUACGUUUUGCAUUUAAAUUGUACCAUGAUGACCUAAGAAGCAUGAAUGGCAUGUAACCCAACACCAGCGACGAUGUAACGGAACGUAACAGUGACGUCAUCAAAACAAAAGUAGAUCUGUCAAAUAUAUGUUUUGUUAGUGAAAGCUGCUGUGCACGCAACGUA